CGAAUUCCCGUGUGUUGACUUGACUUCGCCAUUUUUGACUCAGUUUCUUCCUGAACUUCUCAAGCUUUUACGACUUUCAUCGGAAUUGUGAAUUAAUAAACAUGGGUGCUUGUUUGGCUCUGGGUUCCCUUGGCAGUUGUGCGUCCUGUUUGUGCGGCUCGGCCUCCUGCCUCCUGUCAUCAUGCUGCCCUUCAACCACCAACUCCACCGUGAGCCGGCUGGCCUUCUCCUUCCUGCUGCUGCUCGGGACUCUGGUGUCUGUCAUUAUGAUUCUCCCAGGCAUGGAGGGACAUCUUAAACAGAUUCCAGGUUUCUGUCUCGGUGGCACAUCCAUUCCUGGCCUAGACAACAAGGUGAACUGUGACAUCAUUGUCGGCUACAAGUCAGUAUACCGCAUGUGCUUCGCCAUGGCCUGCUUCUUCUUCCUCUUCACCAUCAUCAUGAUCCGAGUGCGCAACAGCAAGGACCCCCGAGCCGCCAUCCAAAAUGGUUUCUGGUUCUUCAAGUUCCUGCUGCUGGUUGGCAUAGCUGUGGGAGCUUUCUUCAUUCCAGAUGGCACCUUCAAUACAGUGUGGUAUUACUUUGGCCUGGUGGGCUCCUUCUUCUUCAUCAUCACCCAGCUGAUCCUGCUGGUGGACUUUGCCCAUUCCUGGAACCAGUCCUGGCUACUGAAGGCAGAAGAGGGAAAUUCAAAGUGCUGGUUUGCAGCUCUGCUGUCCUUCACCUUCAUCUUCUACGCUGUGGCUUUCUCUGCCGUCGUACUUUUCUACGUAUUUUACACCAAACCCGACGACUGCACCGAGCACAAGGUCUUCAUCAGCCUCAACUUCAUCUUCUGCAUCAUUGUGUCCAUCGUGGCCAUUCUGCCCAAAGUUCAGGAGGCCCAGCCCACCUCCGGCCUGCUGCAGGCCUCCUUCAUCUCCUGCUACACCAUGUAUGUGACCUGGUCAGCCAUGACCAACAACCCCAACCGGCAGUGUAACCCCAGUCUGUUGAGUUUGGUCCAGACCGUCACUGCCACACCAGCACCAGGACCGGCUCCGACCCAAACCCCGGGCAGCGUCCAGUGGUGGGACGCACAGAGCAUCGUGGGGUUGAUCAUUUUCCUCUUCUGUACUCUUUACGCCAGUAUCCGCUCGUCCACCAACACCCAGGUGAACAAGCUGAUGCAGACCGAGGACAACCAGGGUUUGACCGACUACAGUUCCACAGGGGAGGACGGAGUCCGGCGGGCUGUGGACAAUGAAGAGGAGGCGGUCACCUACAACUACUCCUUCUUCCACUUCAGCCUCUUACUGGCCUCCCUCUACAUCAUGAUGACGCUCACCAACUGGUACAUGCCCGACACAGACUACCAGACCAUGCAGAGCACCAUGCCGGCCGUGUGGGUGAAGAUCUGCUCCAGCUGGCUCGGCCUGGGUAUCUACCUGUGGACCCUGGUGGCCCCGCUGGUGCUCUCCAACAGAGACUUCAGCUAAAACACAGGGAAGUGUGUCCACGCGCCCGCUAGCCGGUUGCUAUUUGCACCUUGAAGAAAGAUAGCGUUAGCUUCAAAUUGAUUGUUUGCUUUUUCUUGCAAUUCCACAUUCAAAAUCUGAGAAUGAAAUGGUAAUAUGCUUUGUUUUUGACUGGAAGCCAUUAUAUGUUGAUUUUAUUUUCUUUGUGGCUCAAAUUGAAGGUAGCAGUUUUGCAGGAACACUAUUGUUUGAGAUGAGCUUUAAUCACACAUUCCAGUUUAACCUCAGGUUAUAUAUAUUUUUUUGUAUAUUUUUCUUUACUGUUACAAAUAUUCAAAUUAAGAGCACUACAUGCCUUUUUAAGACCGUAUAAAACUUAAAUGAUCGCUUUGGGAAACUGAUGUUUUGACUUUAUUUACCGUUAGUUUGUACUUUUUAUAUCAUUCAUUUUAAAUCCGUUGGAUUUCAUAGAAAGGUGUUGUCCAAAUUUGUUAGAUUAAUUAUGCAUUUGCUCUAUUGCCCAAUUUUAUAACAAGUGCCUUAUAUUAUAUUUUGCACACAUAUUCAAAAGGGCCAUUUUUGAUAUCUUUAAAGUCUUUGGUAUAAAGUUGCUUCCUCAAUAUGCUGUAUGGUCACUUUUCAUUAUAAUCAAUAAAGUUCACACUCUUUCAUCAAUGUGUAGGCAACAUGUCUGUCCUGUAGAUGGGGCUGUUGUCCAUCCGUUAGGAUUUCUAUGUAGGAUAGAUUUCAUUACGCUCAAUCUAUUUAGAUGUGUGUUGAUAGAUUUCUUAGCCUUUAUGAUAACCUUUUUAUACAUUCUACUGUGUGAGUUGGCACAUGUUGUCUUCAGAAACGGCACAUACAAUGUCAUCAAGUCUGCAGCAGGGAUUUCCUAAUGCUUCACUGCCCUCCCUCCAUUAAUCACAUGAUCCUGCUAAAAUGUGAUUUAUUGUGCUCCUUCCAUGGGGGAUUCCCAACACACACACACACACAUACACACACACACACACACACACACACACACACACACACACACACACACACACUCUGCAAGUAAUGUAGAGGGAAUGUGUUUUUUCAGCAUGAGCAGGGGGGCUGAACACAACACUUUGUUUUAUACUUCACAAUAUUCAUUCAAGGCCUGUGUUGGGGAAGAACGACAAACCGGCCUCCUAAGUUGUGCGUGGACAUCUGGUAACAAAUUGUAGAUUCAAUACUUGUAACGUUACUGUGAACAUUUCUGCACACGCAGUCGUACAUGGGACACCCUAUAUCACUUCCCCUGCUUGUUUUUCAUUGCCUUAUUUGUGCCUUUCAUAUUACAAAUAAAACCAGUUUAUGUGCCUUCCA